UAAUAGUUGCCUCCUACAGUACAAAUAUGAAGGCAAAAUGUCCAGGUUAAGGAAUCAUAAAGGAGAACAGCGACUGGUUGGGAGAAACAAACCACCCUAAAUUUAUGCACAUGCAUAAAGCCCUUUCCAUGAUUAGAAUGCUGCAACAAUAGACCAAACAUGUGUGUGGUCAGGAGACAGUAGCAGCUUCCUGGUAUAUUAUUCCGAAAAAUCCGGCCGCAUCCGCAGCAGACAAUGCCCUCUUCCUCUUCCUACAACGUCCUUACGAACCACUACCUGUCAAUACAUCCAAGUUUUUUCCUCUCUGAGACGUAGCAUUGUGAUAUUAAUUACCGGCAUUGUUCAUCCUGGGGAAGGAGCUGCGAGGAAGAUGGAGAUCGCUACCAUCGCUCUUAUUCUGGCGACGAUGAUUGCCUCCAAAGCCGCACCGCAGAACAACGGUUGCUCGAGCGUGAUGAUGACCCUAUCCCCAUGCCUUGACUUCAUCGGAAGCAAAGCCCUGGAGCCCGGCUUCUCCUGCUGCACCACGCUCGCCGGCAUCGUCCAGACCGACCCCCGUUGCCUGUGCAUGGUUCUCGAUGGCAGUGCGGCGUCAUUUGGCAUCGCCAUUAACCACACGAGGGCCCUGGAGCUCCCUGGCAUCUGCAAGGUCCAAGCACCGCCGAUUAGCCAAUGCACAGCCAUCCCAGUUCCUCCAGCAACAGCGCCAGAGGACCCACCGGAGGAGACGAGCAACCAAAUCAAAAUUUGCUUCGACUAUGUCGUCCAUUUCUCGCCAAAUAAAAGUUUUGGUACACAUUACUGCAGAUCUAAUGUUCCUCCAAUCCAGUAUGCAAUACAUGGUGAAAACUCAAGGACUAACUGCUACAUCAUUCAAUUUAAUGCAGGAAGCCCGAAUUCGAAUGCAACAUCAAGCUCCAGGAACUCAAAGAGUGCAGCAAAUUUGAUGGUCACUAUGCUUAUACCUACAUGUGCAUUAAUCUAUGUCUUCUAAGUGUUGGACAGUUUCAUUUUCUGCGGCCUUGUAUUAAAUGACAAGACCAAUAGAAUACCAUUUAGUAUGAUAUAUCUUUCCGAUGAGUCUCAGCAAAAAAAUGUCGUGUCAUUCAGUAUAAGAAGCCAAUUAACUCCAGCAGAUGUGCAUAACAUGAAUUAACACGUAUAGCUAGCUACAUUGACAUAACAUUUUUUGUCAAGCAUACUUUGCCUGGUAUUUUCGAGUUAUCAAACUGUUUCGCAAGUAAUUAUUUCAGGUUUCGUUUGUGCAUAACAUGAAUAAAGUUGUAUAGAAUAGCUGCAGUGAUGUAACAUGUUUUUAGAAGUAAAUUUUGCCUGGAGAUUUUUUACUUACCAAACUAGUUUGCAAGGAAUCAUUUGAGACUUGGUUUGUGCAUAACAUGAAUUAAUUUAUACUACCUCUUCUCCAUAAUUUGUCCCACACGGAGACGCAGAAUUGAAGUAAUAUUUGAUGGAAUAGCAUACUUGUUCUCACUAGAUAUAUUAGUAGUAUGCUCAUUUCAUGAAAGCAAGAACUAUAAAAUUCCACCAAAUAUCACUCACUCUUUUGGCCUCCUAGGUAUGCAUGGGGGACAGAUACGGUGAAACAAAGGAUGUAUAAAAUAGCUGCUGUGACGUAACAUGUUCUUAAAAAGUAUACUUUUCCUUGGAUUUUGACUUACCAUAUCAGUGGUAUAUUGCCUUAGUAAAAUGCAUCAUAGUCCUAAUUUUUUUGUAAGUUGGUCCUAAUUCUUCAAAAUUGCACAUCUACGUCCUAAAAGCAUCCAAGUCGUUCACAGCAGGUCCUAUGCAGCUCUAAUCCCGUUUGACCUGCACGUGAGGCAAGUUGACCACCGCCACAUAGGCAAUAUUUUGAACAAAACACCCUGAUCUUUUGCUCUUCUGAUUUGGUGGCCUCUCUCUCUCUCUCUCUUCUCCAACUGCUCUCUCAAACCCACUCACAUCACAUCCCAGUCAGCCAUGGAGGAGCUCCCACUGCGUCAGGUACGGCCUACAGCCGCCUAUCAUGGCCAGCAGUGCUUGUCGAGUACGUGUUGUUGCUGUGGUGCUAAGGUCCAGGCUGAGUAGCAGCCUCACCAUCAUUUGCACCACUCAGACCAAAUCAUUCAUACACACAAGCACAACAUGGCUCCAGGCAGAGUCAGGAGACACAAUUAACUAACUAGA